UUUUAAUUUAAUAUAAAUAAAUAUAUACUUGAGUUUAAUAAAUAUAGGUAGUGCAAAUCGCCCAGCAACGAAUGUGGCAAUGGCGCGGUCAACAACUAAUUCUUCAAAUAUCCUAGAGAGGUUUAGUGGGACCACCACAUCUACAACGACCACACCCACCAACAAUGUCAUCGUGGUUGCGAAAUCUAACAAUGGCAACAAACGACCACCAAUCAUCGUUUAUCCCACUGUGACGCCCGAGUCGAUAGUGGUACCGAUUGUAUCGUGUAUAUUUGGCUUUCCAUUAUUGGCGUUAACAGUUAUAUGUUGCUUGCGGCGGAGAGCGAAAUUGGCAAGGGAACGUGCCCGUCGUCGUAAUUGCGAAUUAGACAGGGGUGAGUUGUCCGUCGUGAGACUGUCCCCAGUAAAAGCCAGGCCUCGUGCCGUCAGUCUCAUCAGAUCGCCCCGACCACCGCCUACGUUAGAACUGGACACUGUCCUGGAGGAGCGAUCGGAUCCGGAACAAACAACACUCUCACAAAUAGAGAUAACACCAGACCGAGAAGUGGGUUCAAUUUUAUUCAGCACGAUUGGAGCUGUAGGUAGCGCCGCUGUGUCCGCAGCUACCUGUGCGCGAGACAGCUAGCGGCGGGGCUCAGCGCAGCUCGGCGCGCGCUCGCCGCUCUGGGCUGCGCUGACAAGCCAACCCAUCGACGAUGACGUAGAAGACGUCCCCGAUACAGACAGCUAGCAGAUACAAGAUGAUCACUCCAUCGCCGACAUCGGCGAACGAAUGAAACUGUUUCUGGACAUUCCACUUAGAUUUUAGUAGACGUGCAUCCAAAAAACUCAAUUGUGAAUAACGCUAUUGCGAGAGUGAACGGAGUCUUUUUGUAUAAUAAAGUGAAAUUGACUAAUAAAUAGUAUUAAAGUGGUGGACAAAUUAUAAUAAUAAGUAUAUGUAAUAAAAUGUAACCAACAUCGAGUAUUAAAAAAAACUAUACGACCA